CGGACGGAAACUUUUCCAGUUCAACCAACUCACCGAUAUGGCUGAGAGAGUCUCGGAACUUCGCUUCCGAUCGGGAAAUGUCCCGACGCGAUAUUUCAAGGCAUGUCGCUGGUGCCGCAAGCAAAAAAUGCGCUGCGAUGCGCGCAACCAGGUUCCUUGCGCUCGGUGUCGCGCCGUUGGCCGCGAUUGUAUCCUCGACCCGGUCGAGCACGCAAGGCGUCGCACCGACCGGCCACCAACCCCGCCCACGCACCCAGCAAGGCGACGGACGGCACGGUCCCCAUGGACGGAACACCAUGGUUUCGGUAGUCCCUCCCCCAGAGAACAAGACUAUUCCACUGCGGCUGCAGUGCCCGAAGUCCCCAUCGAUGCCUCCAUCGAUUCGUUACCCGAAUCUACUGCGGUGGGGAGUUUAGGCUCACCCGGUACUGCCGACCGACAUGCACAAGAGCCCCAGCAACUUAGUCCCAAUGAUAUGAUCGCGCCAGUCUCUGUCAUGCACUCCAUGUCGGUCAACCUUCUGGGUUCUAGCAGUAUCUUCAUGGACAGUUCAAGCAAAGCGGACCCUAAAAGCGACAUCAUCGCUCGAGGGAUCAUCAGUGAAGAACAUGCUCGCGUCAUGUAUGACCGGUUCAUGGGUGGAAGUAAAAACUUUCUGGCACUGUUCGACCCCAUCCGGGACACCUUUGACUCUAUCCGCUCUCGUUCUUUGUUCUGCUUCUCCGUAAUCAUUUACUUGGCAAGUCGGGGAGUCAUGGAUUUGCGUAGCGAUACCCAUCUACAGCGCGUGCUGCAAGAUGAAGCGCAGAGACUGGCCGAGGAUAGCUUUUUCGAACGCCCAACCAAGGUGGAAACCGUCCAAGGAAUGAUCCUGCUCGCCGCCUACUCUGAAAAAACCUGGUUCUCAACCGCACUCAUCCUGCGGACCGCGCUUGAUUCCGGCCUAGAAAAAUCGCUGGAUGCUUUGCUCUCCCAGGAAAAUGUGCCUCGCAGUUCUUUGUCGGCUUCGAUGGCGGACCGUAAGCUGGUGUGGCAGACCAGGACCUGGCUAAUCAGCUUCACACUGGAACUCGACGUAGCAUCCGGUACCGGCCGCAAAUCACGGAUCGACGCAGUGGACACGAUGAAGUUGCGGAAGUUUCUCGAGUACCCGCUCUCGCUGCCCUCUGAUAUGCGCACGAUAUCGAUCAUCGAGAUUCAUCAAAUCAGAAGCCAAUCUCGAAUGUCCAUUGAAAACUCCAAGACGACCAGCGAGAUUGUAUUGGUCGAACUCCCUGCGGUUAUGGCAAGGCUGCAAGACUGGUGGAAUACGUGGGAUGAAAUCCAUGACAACAAUGCAUUCCAUGCAGGUGCCUUCCAACGCUGCAGCCUCAAGUUGAUGCUCAACUAUGGUAGAAUAUUCGUCUUGUGCGCUUCACUGGCUCGUAUUCAGAAACUCCAAUCAAACGCAGCCGUGUCCGACCCGGAAACCGAUGGCAAGGAUAUUUCGCACUUAUGGCGGUCUCUGGCCACGACAAUCAUGGAGCAAUUGGCUUGCUUCAUCAGGGAAAAGGCGUACCUUUGCCAACUCUCGUGGUCCCCGACAUAUCCAGCGCUAACGAUUGCCUUUGUCACCACAUUCGCUCUGAGAAUCGCUCGGUGGCGUCCAGACCUAAUCGACCAGGACCUCCUCCUGGAAAGAGCCCAGGUGAUUUGCGAUUUUCUCAAACAGCCGCCCUAUCCGGAUAUCCACCGGACAGUAUCGAUCUUCGUCAAUUACGGUCGUGCCCUGGUCGCUAGCCAACGAGAGCACGGGGAAUAUUGUGCAGAGGUCACCAAGAACGUGGAACAAUCCAAUGGGCAAUUGUCAAUAGGUAGGGAGGCCGACGGUGUCUCAAUAGAGCUGUCAACUUCCUCGGGGCUGCCACCGGAGCAGGUGAGCUACCGCACUGGCGCCAUGACCCCUCAGGCCGACAAAGACCCUGGUGGCGCUGGGGUGCCCAAUCCCGACAGAUCGGCCCCUGCCCGGCCGCCACCUGCUCGACUGCCGGGGCCUAUGGAAGCUCCUAACUGGUCGCUGUGUAAUCCAAUCGCGGACUCGUUCGGCUUGUUUGAAGAGGAGCAGAACGACAUCUUUGAUUUCCUGCCUAUGAUGCCGUCCCUGCCACAAUAGCCUUUGUAUGACCCCGGCUAGGAAUAGAACCCUAG